UUGUCAAGGAAACGAGUCUCCCAAUCGAACAGCGUGAGAGGUUGCAUCGCUCAGCUCCUCCAAAGGACACGAAGAAGAAAACACAGGAAAUUAAUCAUUCAGGGGUCAUCAUGCAGGAUCACAGGAGUGGGAGGAAAGCAUUUCCAUCAGUGGUCAGCAAAGACAGGAUCAUCUGGGAAUUUCCGCAAGUAUAUGAAGAAUUUUGCAAAGAUGUCUUUGAGAGGGAUUACAAAGCUACAAUAGGAGUGGAUUUUGAGAUCGAGAGGUUUGAGAUAUCAGGAGUACCGUUCUCCCUUCAGAUCUGGGAUACGGCUGGACAGGAAAAAUUCAAAUGCAUUGCAUCUGCAUACUAUCGAGGCGCACAAGUGAUUGUAACAGUGUUCGACAUGGCAGAUAUUAAAUCCCUGGAUCAUACGUGUCAAUGGUUAGAGGAGGCCAUGAGAGAAAAUGAUCCUGACUCCUGUUUCAUCUUUUUGGUUGGGACAAAGACGGAUCUUCUGCCCCCAGAUGAAAGACAGAGAACUGAAAAAGAUGCUGUCCGUCUGGCAGCAGAAAUGCACGCAGAGUUCUGGGCAGUUUCAGCAAAAACAGGGGAGAAUGUCCAGGCAUUUUUCUUUAGGAUAUCAGCUUUGGCCUUUGAAAAAUGCAUAAUGAAGGAAAUGGAGAAAGGCAUUCCUGCUAGUAUUGGUCCUGGGGAUAAUAUAAAAUCAGAACGUAUCACUUUGGAAGAGGGCAGAACUCAAGAGAUGAAAAGAAGCUGCUGCUGAUGAACUGAUUCAGCUUUGGUGAGGAGAGCUGGUCUGCAGAGAAACAACCGGAACAAUUAAAGCAACCUGACGAAAAAUGCGUUAAAGUUUUUCUCCUUGACAUCAAAACCACAUAUUGAUGUUUAUUAAUAGCUCAAUCAGAUCUUAACAGGUUGACUCUGCCAGUGAUGCAUUAUUUUUUUCAGAUUUCAUGUUUCAAACAGUAUGUUUCAUUACCGUCUGUUCAAAUUAUGUCUUACUCGUUAAUUGUUACAUAACAUACAGGUCUUAAUCCUUUUUAAAUGUUCUUUCUUACGCUGUGGUGUUUUUUUCCUUUAAUCAGUGUUAAGUGGAUUUUUUUUAUCCAUUCUGUGUUAUGCAGACUAAUCAAUCAUCUUUAAUUCUAUACCACUUUUAAUGUGUUUUUAAAAAAGGGAAAUGUAU